CGGGGAGGGAGAGGAGAAAGAGCAGAGGGCGCGCGUGCGCAGUGGCGCGGGGAGGAGCGGGGACCUGGCAGCGGGCUAGAAGGCUGCGAGAGAGCCGAGAACCGGGCGGGCGGCGGGCGCGCGCACCAUGGGGGAGAAACCCGGUACCAGGGUCUUCAAGAAGUCGAGCCCUAACUGCAAGCUCACUGUGUACUUGGGCAAGCGGGACUUUGUAGAUCAUCUGGACAAAGUGGAUCCCGUGGAUGGCGUGGUGCUUGUGGACCCUGACUACUUGAAGGACCGCAAAGUGUUCGUGACCCUCACCUGCGCCUUCCGCUAUGGCCGAGAGGACCUGGAUGUGCUGGGCUUGUCCUUCCGCAAAGACCUGUUCAUCGCCACCUACCAGGCCUUCCCCCCAAUACCCAACCCACCCCGGCCCUCCACCCGCCUGCAGGACCGGCUGCUGAGGAAGCUGGGCCAGCAUGCCCACCCCUUUUUUUUCACAAUACCCCAGAAUCUGCCCUGCUCCGUCACACUGCAGCCAGGCCCAGAGGACACAGGGAAGGCCUGUGGGGUAGACUUUGAGAUUCGAGCCUUCUGUGCCAAAUCACUAGAAGAGAAAAGCCACAAAAGGAACUCUGUGCGUCUGGUGAUCCGAAAGGUGCAGUUUGCCCCAGAGAAACCUGGCCCCCAGCCGUCAGCAGAAACCACACGCCACUUCCUCAUGUCUGACAGGUCCUUGCACCUUGAGGCUUCGCUGGACAAGGAGCUGUACUACCAUGGGGAGCCCCUCAACGUCAAUGUCCACGUCACCAACAACUCCACCAAGACCGUCAAGAAGAUCAAAGUCUCUGUGAGACAGUAUGCUGACAUCUGCCUCUUCAGCACCGCCCAGUACAAGUGUCCUGUGGCUCAGAUAGAACAGGAUGACCAGGUUUCACCCAGCUCCACGUUCUGUAAGGUGUACACUAUCACCCCGCUGCUUAGUGACAACCGGGAGAAGCGUGGUCUUGCCCUGGAUGGGAAGCUGAAGCACGAGGACACCAACCUGGCUUCCAGCACCAUCGUGAAGGAGGGUGCCAACAAGGAGGUGCUGGGAAUCCUAGUGUCCUACAGGGUCAAAGUGAAGCUGGUGGUGUCUCGUGGCGGGGACGUCUCCGUGGAGCUACCUUUUGUUCUAAUGCACCCCAAGCCCCAUGACCACAUCACCCUCCCCAGACCCCAGACAGCUGCUCCUGAAAUAGAUGCCCCUGUGGACACCAACCUCAUUGAAUUUGAUACCAACUAUGCCACAGAUGACGACAUCGUGUUUGAGGACUUUGCCCGGCUUCGGCUGAAGGGGAUGAAGGAUGAGGACUAUGACGACCAGUUCUGCUAGGAAGGGGGCUGGAGAAGGGAGUGGAUGGUGCUGGGCGAGGCAGGGGCAGGGCCGAGGCCCCCACUGCUGCUGGGGGGUCCCUGCCUCUCUUCCCUUCCCCUCCAUCCAGCAGCUUCCUCAACCAACCCCUUCCCUCUCUCCUUCCCUCUCCAUCCCCCCUGUACGCACUGGAUCCAUCUCUUGUUGAACGUGGGCAUUAAUUUUUUGACUCCAGCUGUGCUACCCCAAGCCCCCAGUGGGUGGCAAGCUGUGUUCAUACCUAACUUUUUUGGAUGCUGAAAAGAGGAGUGAUAGUAGGGAGACGGGGGCCAGAAAGAACUCCCACACUCAACCUCACACCAACACCCCCCAUCACCCUCCCUGCUGCCUAUUCCUGCAGGGGGAUACCCUUGGUGGGGGGGAAGGGCACUUCAUUGUUUCUGAGCAUAAAGAAGAAAAUAAACCUUGUAAUAGGCA